CUGAAGUGCAGUUGAGCUGUUGUGUGUAUGUGUCUCUGUAUUCAAGCAGUAAAAUGGCAGAAGCCAGAUUUUCUCAGGAUGAGUUCUUGUGUCCAGUGUGUCUGGAUCUGCUGAAGGAUCCAGUGGCUAUUCCCUGUGGACACAGUUACUGUAAGAUCUGUAUUACAGACUGCUGGGAUCAGGAGGAUCAGAAGAGAGUCUACAGCUGUCCUCAGUGCAGACAGACCUUCAGUCCAAGACCUGCUUUAUCUAGAAACACCAUGCUGGCUGAAGUGGUGGAGAAACUGAAGAAGACCAGACUCUCUGAUGACUGUGAGGCUGGAGCUGGAGAUGUGCAGUGUGACGUCUGUACUGGAAGAAAAUACAGAGCCGUCAAGUCCUGUCUGGUGUGUCUGAACUCUUACUGUCAGAAUCACCUCCAACAACAUGAGAGUUUCUUUAGAGGAAAGAGACACAAUCUGACCGAAGCUACUGGACGACUGCAGGAGAUGAUCUGCCAGAAACAUGAGAAGAUCCUCGAGGUUUUCUGUCGCACUGAUCAGAAAUGUAUAUGUAUGAUGUGUACAGUUACUGAACAUAAAAACCAUGACAUUGUAUCAGCUGCAGAUCAGAGGACAGAGAAACAGAAGCAGCUGAAGGAGACUCAGAAGACGCUCCAGCAGAGAAUCCAGCAGAGAGAGAAAGAUCUCCAGCAGCUGAGAGAGACUGUGGAGUCUCAUAAGCGCUCUGCACAGACAGCAGUGGAGGACAGUGAGAGGAUCUUUACUGAGCUCAUCCGCUCCAUUGAGAGAAGCCGCUCUGAGCUGAUACGACUGAUCAGAGAUCAGGAAAAGACUGCAGUGAGUCGAGCUGAAGAACGACUGGAGCGACUGGAGCAGGAGAUCAAUGAUCUGAGGAGGAGAGACGCUGAGCUGGAGCAGCUUUCACACACACAGGAUCACAUCCAGUUCCUGCAGAGUUUCCAGUCUCUCUCAGCUCCUCCUGAAUCUACAGAUGUAAAUGAUGAUCUCUUCAGUUCUCUCUUCUCUUCUGAUGGUCUGAGAGAAUCUGUCCAUCAGCUGAGAGACAAACUGGAGGAUUUCUGUAAAGAGCAGCUCAAGAAGAUCUCAGACAGAGUCCCAUUCACCAGCAUUGAUCUCUGGACCAGGAAGGACUUCCUACAAUAUUCCCAUCAGUUCACUCCGGAUCUGAACACAGUGAAUAAACGCCUCCAUCUGUCUGAGAACAACAGAGUGAUUACUGACACUGGCAGAAAGCACUUCAGCCAUAAGUUCAGCUUCAUAUUACAUAUGUAUCCUGAUCAUCCAGACAGAUUUGAUGGUGUGCGUCAGGUGUUGUGUAGAGAGAGUGUGUGUGGACGCUGUUACUGGGAGAUUGAGUGGAGAGGAGAUGUGGAUAUAUCAGUGUCAUAUAAGAGCAUCAGCAGGAAGGGACGGGGUAAAGAGUGUGUGUUUGGAUCUAAUGAUCAGUCCUGGAGUUUGUUCUGCUCUUCCUCCAGUUACUCAUUCAGACACAAUAACAUAAAGACUGAUCUCUCUGUGAAGCCCAUCAGCAGUAGAAUAGGAGUAUAUUAUGAUGAUGAUGAUGUUGUCAGGAGAAUAGGAGGGUUUGAUGAUGAUGGUGUCAGGAGAAUAGGAGGGUUUGAUGAUGAUGGUGUCAGGAGAAUAGGAGGGUUUGAUGAUGAUGUCAGGAGAAUAGGAGGGUUUGAUGAUGAUGUCAGGAGAAUAGGAGGGUUUGAUGAUGGUGUCAGGAGAAUAGGAGGGUUUGAUGAUAAUGUUGUCAGGAGAAUAGGAGGGUUUGAUGAUAAUGUUUUCAGGAGAAUAGGAGGGUUUGAUGAUAAUGUUGUCAGGAGAAUAGGAGUGUUUGUGGAUCACAGAGCAGGAACUCUGUCCUUCUACAGCGUCUCUGACACAAUGAGCCUCAUCCACACAGUCCAGACCACAUUCACUCAGACGCUCUAUCCUGGGUAUGGGUUUGGAUCUGGAUCAUCAGUGAAACUGUGUUGAUGAAUCAGAAUAGUCUCAUGAGGGAUUCUCCCCAUAAUGCUUUGAGCUGCAUGAUGAAUCAGUAACAGAGAGAUGUUUCCUGACGUAAUAAUCAGCGCCACCAUUUGUAAAUUAGCUGUACAAAACAGUGCGUUUUGCUGCUUGAUAUUGGCAAUUGAUAUAUCCUAUCAUAUUAUUUUAAUCUGUUAUCUUAAUUAAGAACACACUAGUUUGUACUGCAAACAGUUUUCCCGUUAACUCCACAUUGUUAUUCUCCUCGUUAUUUACCUAUAGAGGCUAAUGAAACUGAAAUGUCACCCAUAGGCUUACUUCUGCUUUGAGGAAAAAGGUGGCUAGAGUCUCUUCUUCUUUUCUCUUCGUGACAUUAAUACUGCAGCUGAACUUCUGUCAGUGAAAUAACAGUCAGAAUAAAUGUAAUAAAUCCUCAUAUAGACAGUAUAGGAGCACACUUCCUGUGAACACACACACACAGAGAGAGAGAGCAGCUUCUCUAAAUGUCAUUUAAUCGUAAUAUUGUUUAAUGAUUGUCUGAUUUGUAGGUAUAUUUCUCUUCAUGAGUAAGAGAUCAGAGAAUGUCUCAAGGUUUUUAACAUCACACGAUGAUGUUGUGAAGCAGAAAUAUUCCAUUAUUUUUGGUUUGAUAUAAUAACACUUGUUGAGGAAAUCUGAGCAUUGAAACACACACAACUAAUAUAAUUUAAUAAAUCCUGCCCAUUUGAUCAUCACUUGUCUCCUGCGUUCUGCUCAGGAUGACAGAAGACUUUGAGUUAACACAGUUUUGAGUCUCAGACAAAACACACGUCUUCUGACAGGAUCUGGUGAAAGUGCAGUCAUCAGGAUUUUGACACACACCCCCACACACACACACACACACACAAUAAGACAAGUAAACAGUCAAUAAUAAAAUAAGAACAAAGACACUAAUUACUGGGGGAAAAUAUAGAAAUGAAACAAAUAUUUUGAGGAUACAAUGAAAAUAAUUUUCAGUCUGAAAUUCAAGUAAAUUUCACUACGGAAAUGUAAUAAAGCAAUCAAUAAAACACUGCAACAAUCAUCCAGAACUGAUAUUGUUUUUGAUGUGAAUAAUGACUCAAUUGUCUUGUGUAGAGCUUCUUUACAGCUGAAACUGAGUGAAUCUUACAACAUUAACACUCUUAGUUUCUGUUUCUUUGAAACCGUCUGUAUUGUAUGAAGCUCAGCGCUGGAUGAAGCGCCUGAAAGCCACACUUGAGUAAAAGUACAGAUAUCUGACCAGAAAAUGAGUUCGGUAGAAGUUAAAGUCACUGUUUAGAAUAUUACUUGAGUAAAAGUU